AAAAAAAAUCUUGUUUUUUUUUUUAAAUCAGGCAAAAAUUAAUGAGCGCGCGGAUGUCAUCCAUAAAAUGUACUUGCUGUGGCCUAAUGCAUUGGAUUAGUUAAAUUUCACGCUGGUAUUGUAAUGAACAUUUUUUUCUAUUACCCUUAAAUAGCACACAUUAUGAGAACACUACCAGCGUGGGUUGGCGUGGUGGCAUGGUGCCUGUUCUACAAUGGCGUCUCCUCCCAAACACGUCCUAAGAAGUGGCGUGAUGACGAGCGUUGCGGGCAGGGCUACCUUGCUGAAGACGGUAACCCUGCUGAAUGCGACCCUGACGGGAUUCACCCAUGCUGCUCCCCGCACAACUGGUGCGGCAUCACUGCGGCCCACUGUGACUGUCCGGCCUGUGUCGACUACAGAACAGUUUGCGAGAGCCUAACUGCUGACACCGGGACCUUCACCAGCCCGAACUACCCAAACAACUACCCUAACGAUCUGACCUGCCGGUACGAGAUCUCCGUCACCCCACCCAAGGUCAUUAAACUGACCUUCGCGGAGUUCGACCUUGAGGACCGCUUUGACUGGGUGGAUGUGUAUGACGGAAACACAACUGAUUCCACAUUUCAGAUAAGUGAGAAGCCAACGAUUCUUCUGUAA